ACACCCCGCCGCUGUCCCGCCCUCGCCUUGAGGUGGGCCCUCUGUCUUCUGACCCCGCCCUCUCCCCGCCCACAUAUCCUUGGCCCCGCCCCACUCCCGCGGCGCUCUGGUCCCCGGUAAACUGCAGCUUCUGGUUCGAGACUCCCAUCCUGUUUCGAAUUGCUGCUUGCUGCCCCUUGCUGGGGAUAAUGGAAGUUCUUUCCCUUCCCAACUCUUUCCAGACCCAAGCACUCUGGGACUCACUCCACGGUCCAGGAGUUCCAGGUUCCGGAUUAUGUUCCAUGGCAGCAGUCCAAGCUGGAAACCAAGCCAUCUACUCUGCCUCCGGUCCAACAAACCAACAGCCUUCAUACAAGCAAAAUGAAGACUUUGACUAGGGUCCAAUCAGUGUUUCACUCCAAGCCCAUUAUGGUGGUGACAAGCUGCCAGCCGAAGAAUCCACGAGAACUACAUAGAAGGCAGAAGUUGGACCCUGGGAAGAUGCAGGCCGAAAUCCGGUUAAUGAAGACAAUGCUCAGGAACGGGAGGACCGCUCUGCGAGAGCUCCAAAGCCAUGAGAACUUCCUCACCAAGCUCAACGAGGAGCUGAUCGAGACCAUCCAGGACAUGGAGAGCAGCACGACCCUGAACGUGCGGGCCCUGCUGCAGCAGCAGGACAUACUGGCGACCAUCAUCAACAUCUUGGAGUAUUCAAACAAGAAGAGGCUGCAGGAAUUGAAGUCUGAGCUUCAGGAGUGGGAAGAAAAGAAGAAAUGCAAGAUGAGCUAUCUAGAGCAGCAGGCAGAGCAGCUGAAUGCCAAGAUUGAGAAGACCCAGGAGGAAGUGAACUUCCUGAGCACUUAUAUGGACCAUGAGUAUUCCGUCAAGUCUGUCCAGAUCGCCACCCUUAUGCGCCAGCUGCAGCAGGUUAAGGACAGCCAGCAGGAUGAGCUGGAUGACCUCAGUGAGAUGCGCAGAAAGGUCCUGGAGUCCUUGUCCAACAAGAUUCAGAAGAAGAAGAAAAAAAUUCUGAGUUCUGUGGUGGCGGAAACCCAGCGUCCCUAUGAAGAGGCUCUCCUACAGAAGAUGUGGGAAAGCCAAGACUUCCUGAAAUGCAUGCAAAGGUUCAGAGAAUUUAUUGACCAGUUUAAGGAGAACAUGCCCGUAUUAAGGGCCGAGGUGGAAGAGCUCCAAGCCCAGACCCGGGAACCCCGAGAGGUCAUAUUUGAGGAUGUUCUGCUUCGGAGACCCAAGUGCACCCCAGACAUGGAUGUCAUCCUCAACAUUCCUGUGGAAGAGCCACUACCCUUCUAGAUGGCAGUGCCAUGGGCCGCCCUCCCCUCCUGCUCUCUUCCCAGCACCUGGAGCCUUGGAUCAUUUACUUCCAGGACCAGAUCUCCAUUCAGACCCUGAUCUACAGUCUCCCUGCUCCCUCUGCCCUUCCUCCCUCUUUCUUUCCCUCCCUCCUUCCCUUCUUCCCCCUUCC